CUGGAAGACACAGUGAGGGUAAGUAGACUGACAGUCACUUACCAGCUGUACCCCUGGCAGACACAGUGAGGGUAGGUACACUGACAGUCACUUACCAGCUGUACCCCUGGCAGUCACAGUGAGGGUAGGUACACUGACAGUCACUUACCAGCUGUACCCCUGGCAGACACAGAGAGGGUAAGUAGACUGACAGUCACUUACCAGCUGUACCCCUGGCAGACACAGUGAGGGUAGGUACACUGACAGUCACUUACCAGCUGUACUCCUGGCAGACACAGUGAGGGUAGGUACACUGAUAGUCACUUACCAGCUGUACCCCUGGCAGACACAGUGAGGGUAGAUACACUGACAGUCACUUACCAGCUGUACCCCUGGCAGACACCGUGAGGGUGAGGGUAGGUACACUGAGCUGUACCCCUGGCAGACACAGUGAGGGUAGGUAGACUGACAGUCACUUACCAGCUGUACCCUGGCAGUCACAGUGAGGGUAGGUACACUGACAGUCACUUACUAGCUGUACCCUGGCAGUCACAGUGAGGGUAGGUACACUGACAGUCACUUACUAGCUGUACCCCUGGCCGACACAGUGAGGGUAGGUACACUGACAGUCACUUACCAGCAGUACCCUGGCAGUCACAGUGAAGGUGAGGGUAGGUACACUGAGCUGUACCCCUGGCAGACACAGUGAGGGUGAGGGUAGGUACACUGAGCUGUACCCCUGCCAGUCACAGUGAGGGUGAGGGUAGGUACACUGAGCUGUACCCCUGGCAGACACAGUGAGGGUGAGGGUAGGUACACUGAGCUGUACCCCUGGCAGACACAGUAAGGGUAGGUAGACUGACAGUCACUUACCAGCAGUACCCUGCCAGUCACAGUGAGGGUAGGUACACUGACAGUCACUUACCAGCAGUACCCUGCCAGUCACAGUGAGGGUAGGUACACUGACAGUCACUUACCAGCUGUACCCUGGCAGUCACAGUGAGGGUAGGUACACUGACAGUCACUUAAAAGCUGUACCCUGGCAGUCACAGUGAGGGUAGGUAGACUGACAGUCACUUACCAGCUGUACCCCUGGCAGACACAGUGAGGGUGAGGGUAGGUACACUGACAGUCACUUACCAGCAGUACCCCUGGCAGUCACAGUGAGGGUGAGGGUAGGUACACUGAGCUGUACCCCUGGCAGUCACAGUGAGGGUGAGGGUAGGUACACUGAGCUGUACCCCUGUCAGUCACAGUGAGGGUGAGGGUAGGUACACUGACAGUCACUUACCAGCUGUACCCCUGGCAGACACAGUGAGGGUAGGUACACUGACAGUCACUUACCAGCUGUACCCCUGGCAGUCACAGUGAGGGUAGGUACACUGACAGUCACUUACCAGCUGUACCCCUGGCAGUCACAGUGAGGGUAGGUACACUGACAGUCACUUACCAGCUGUACCCCUGGCAGACACAGUGAGGGUAGGCACACUGACAGUCACUUACCAGCUAUACUCCUGGCAGACACAGUGAGGGUAGGUAGACUGAUAGUCACUUACCAGCUGUACCCCUGGCAGACACAGUGUGGGUAGGUACACUGACAGUCACUUACCAGCUGAACCCCUGGCAGACACAGUGAGGGUAGGUACACUGACAGUCACUUACCAGCUGUACCCUGGCAGUCACAGUGAGGGUAGGUGACUGACAGUCACUUACCAGCUGUACCCUGGCAGUCACAGUGAGGGUAGGUACACUGACAGUCACUUACCAGCUGUACCCUGGCAGUCACAGUGAGGGUAGGUACACUGACAGUCACUUACUAGCUGUACCCUGGCAGUCACAGUGAGGGUAGGUACACUGACAGUCACUUACUAGCUGUACCCCUGGCCGACACAGUGAGGGUAGGUACACUGACAGUCACUUACCAGCUGUACCCUGGCAGUCACAGUGAGGGUGAGGGUAGGUACACUGAGCUGUACCCCUGGCAGACACAGUGAGGGUAGGUACACUGAGCUGUACCCCUGCCAGUCACAGUGAGGGUGAGGGUAGGUACACUGAGCUGUACCCCUGGCAGACACAGUGAGGGUGAGGGUAGGUACACUGAGCUGUACCCCUGGCAGACACAGUAAGGGUAGGUAGACUGACAGUCACUUACCAGCAGUACCCUGCCAGUCACAGUGAGGGUAGGUAGACUGAUAGUCACUUACCAGCAGUACCCUGCCAGUCACAGUGAGGGUAGGUACACUGACAGUCACUUACCAGCUGUACCCUGGCAGUCACAGUGAGGGUAGGUACACUGACAGUCACUUAAAAGCUGUACCCUGGCAGUCACAGUGAGGGUAGGUAGACUGACAGUCACUUACCAGCUGUACCCCUGGCAGACACAGUGAGGGUAGGUAGACUGACAGUCACUUACCAGCUGUACCCCUGGCAGACACAAUGAGGGUAGGUACACUGACAGUCACUUACCAGCUGUACCCCUGGCAGACACAGUGAGGGUAGGUACACUGACAGUCACUUACCAGCUGUACCCCUGGCAGUCACAGUGAGGGUAGGUACACUGACAGUCACUUACCAGCUGUACCCCUGGCAGUCACAGUGAGGGUAGGUACACUGACAGUCACUUACCAGCUGUACCCCUGGCAGACACAGUGAGGGUAGGCACACUGACAGUCACUUACCAGCUAUACCCCUGGCAGACACAGUGAGGGUAGGUAGACUGAUAAUCACUUACCAGCUGUACCCCUGGCAGACACAGUGAGGGUAGGUACACUGACAGUCACUUACCAGCUGUACCCUGGCAGUCACAGUGAGGGUAGGUGACUGACAGUCACUUACCAGCAGUACCCUGCCAGUCACAGUGAGGGUAGGUACACUGACAGUCACUUACCAGCUGUACCCUGGCAGACACAGUGAGGGUAUGUACACUGACAGUCACUUACCAGCUGUACCCUGGCAGUCACAGUGAGAGUAGGUACACUGACAGUCACUUACCAGCUGUACCCCUGGCAGUCACAGUGAGGGUGAGGGUAGGUAGACUGAGCUGUACCCCUGGCAGUCACAGUGAGGGUGAGGGUAGGUACACUGACAGUCACUUACCAGCUGUACCCUGGCAGUCACAGUGAGGGUAGGUAUACUGACAGUCACUUACCAGCUGUACCCCUGGCAGUCACAGUGAGGGUGAGGGUAGUUACACCGAGCUGUACCCCUGGCAGUCACAGUGAGGGUAGGUACACCGAGCUGUACCCCUGGCAGUCACAGUGAGGGUGAGGGUAGUUACACCGAGCUGUACCCCUGGCAGUCACAGUGAGGGUGAGGGUAGUUACACCGAGUUGUACCCCUGGCAGUCACAGUGAGGGUGAGGGUAGUUACACCGAGCUGUACCCCUGGCAGUCACAGUGAGGGUGAGGGUAGGUACACCGAGCUGUACCCCUGGCAGUCACAGUGAGGGUGAGGGUAGUUACACCGAGCUGUACCCCUGGCAGUCACAGUGAGGGUGAGGGCAGGUACACCGAGCUGUACCCCUGGCAGUCACAGUGAGGGUAGGUACACCGAGCUGUACCGCUGGCAGUCACAGUGAGGGUGAGGGUAGUUACACCGACCUGUACCCCUGGCAGACACAGUGAGGGUGAGGGUAGGUGCACCGAGCUGUACCCCUGGCAGUCACAGUGAGGGUGAGGGUAGGUGCACCGAGCUGUACCCCUGGCAGUCACAGUGAGGGUGAGGGUAGGUGCACCGAGCUGUACCCCUGGCAGUCACAGUGAGGGUGAGGGUAGGUGCACCGAGCUGUACCCCUGGCAGUCACAGUGAGGGUGAGGGUAGGUACACCGAGCUGUACCCCUGGCAGUCACAGUGAGGGUGAGGGUAGUUGCACCGAGCUGUACCCCUGGCAGACACAGUGAGGGUGAGGGUAGGUGCACCGAGCUGUACCCCUGGCAGUCACAGUGAGGGUGAGGGUAGGUGCACCGAGCUGUACCCCUGGCAGACACAGCGAGGGUGAGGGUAGGUGCACCGAGCUGUACCCCUGGCAGUCACAGCGAGGGUGAGGGUAGGUACACCGAGCUGUACCCCUGGCAGACACAGCGAGGGUGAGGGUAGGUACACCGAGCUGUACCCCUGCCAGUCACAGCGAGGGUGAGGGUAGGUACACCGAGCUGUACCCCUGGCAGUCACAGCGAGGGUGAGGGUAGGUACACAGAGCUGUACCCCUGGCAGUCACAGCGAGGGUGAGGGUAGGUACACCGAGCUGUACCCCUGGCAGUCACAGCGAGGGUGAGGGUAGGUACACCGAGCUGUACCCCUGGCAGUCACAGCGAGGGUGAGGGUAGGUACACCGAGCUGUACCCCUGGCAGACACAGCGAGGGUGAGGGUAGGUACACCGAGCUGUACCCCUGCCAGUCACAGCGAGGGUGAGGGUAGGUACACCGAGCUGUACCCCUGCCAGUCACAGCGAGGGUGAGGGUAGGUACACCGAGCUGUACCCCUGGCAGACACAGCGAGGGUGAGGGUAGGUACACUGACAGUCACUUACCAGCUGUACCCCUGGCAGACACAGUGAGGGUGAGGGUAGGUACACUGACAGUCACUUACCAGCUGUACCCCUGGCAGACACAGUGAGGGUGAGGGUAGGUACACUGACAGUCACUUACCAGCUGUACCCCUGGCAGUCACAGCGAGGGUGAGGGUAGGUACACCGAGCUGUACCCCUGCCAGUCAAAGCGAGGGUGAGGGUAGGUACACUGAGCUGUACCCCUGGCAGACACAGUGAGGGUGAGGGUAGGUACACUGACAGUCACUUACCAGCUGUACCCCUGGCAGACACAGUGAGGGUGAGGGUAGGUACACUGAGCUGUACUCCUGGUAUGCAGGGCAGGGACUCUCCCACCAGUUGAAACUGCCAAUAGUCUGUUCCAGCUAGUAAUGGACCCGGUGAGCAGCUCCCCAGCUCCCAGCCCGGAUACUCACAUAGUUCCGCAUCCUCUGUCAUUGCACAAUACCAAAAACUCCACACACUGCGCUCCACACUGAGAGCCUCACUGAGAGCCUCACUGAGAGCGCCCCCUGGAGGAUCAACCCCGCCACUGACAGUCACUCCCCACACUGCGCUCCACACUGAGAGCCUCACUGAGAGCCUCACUGAGAGCGCCCCCUGGAGGAUCAACCCCGCCACUGACAGUCACUCCCCACACUGCGCUCCCACACUGAGAGCCUCACUGAGAGCGCCCCCUGGAGGAUCAACCCCGCCACUGACAGUCACUCCCCACACUGCGCUGCGCUCCACACUGAGAGCCUCACUGAGAGCGCCCCCUGGAGGAUCAACCCCGCUACUGACAGUCACUCCACUGGUCCUCGGGAAACUGUGUCCAACGAUUCAAAAAAACAACAACUUUAUUUAGAGUUGGGGGACAAAACCUCACCUGUAUCUUUAAGGGGGCGGUCCGUGACGUCAAGAGCGGCGUGCUAUGAUUGGUUACUGGAGAUUACCGGAUGUUCUCUUUGGAGUGAGGGCGGAAGUCCCUGUGUAAGGUCUGUUCCAUGUGGAUGGGAAGCUGCAUUGGUUCCAGGAGUUCUAUAGCCAUGUGAGGGAGUCUCAGUAACACACACAGAGAGAGAGCUUUCUAAUGGUAAUCCUGACUGCCAGAACUGACACAGUCUCAGCUGGGGAUUACAUUGUAUCCAUGUAAUGUCUCACAAUGCCUGCAAGGCAAUAUCCUGCCAAGAAACACUGGCAAUAUCCUGCCAAGAAACACUGGGUACUAAAAAAAAAAUUUUUAAAGACCAUUUUUUUAUUUUUUUUUAUUUUAUGUCUAUGGUGGAUUUUCUUUUUGGUUUUUUUUGGGAUAUAGUUGGGAGAGAGCAAAGCACAGUAUUAGUGGUGAAGUAAAGACACCAGUUUCAUACUUCUCUCUAUAUUAGGGAGGGUUGCAGAGUAGAGAUGAAAUACAAGGUGGGAGGGGAGGGGGACUGAGAGACAAAAAUGUUUAGGACAGAGAGGAGGAAAUAAAAAAAAAAAGAAGCAAAUGUUUAGAUAGACUGGUGAAGAAGGGUAAAAAAAAAAAAAAAGCAAAUAAAGAGCACGCUAGUGUUGAAAUAGAUAUUGAUGAAGAAAAAUGAGGUGACGGGUUGUUUCCUAUAAAAGCUAGGACUCCAUUUAGAAUUCUGGUAUUGUAUUGCCUACAAAUCUCUACAAAACACUGCUCCUAUCUACCCUCACUGAUACGCAAGUAUGUCAAGUCCAGGCCCCUACUGUCUGCCAAAGACCUGUGUCUAUCCUCUGUUUGUACUCGCAACUAUGACGCCCACAGUCAAGACUUCUCUUCUAUGGAACUCCCUUCCCUGCUCCAUUAGACUCACACUCAGUCUCCAUUCCGUCAAAUUUUUAUUUUUUGAAAACUCACUUCUUUAGGAAAGCAAAUCAAUUAAACUACUAAUAGCUUACCCACACCGUACCUAGGUAAUCCUCCCUGCUUCCUUUCCUGCAACUUUGUCAUCCAAUAAACCAACCUUUCAUUGUAAACCUAGCUUGUAACCUACUUUUCCCUAAAUGAAAUGCAUCUUACCCUUUCUUCUUGUGUCGCUUUACCCCACUCCCUCCAACAGCUAAGCUUAUUUGAGCAGGGCCCUCAACACCAUCUGUUCCUGUGCGUCCAACUUGUCUUGUUGCAAAUACUUGUCUGUUAGUCCACCUAUUGUAGAGUGCUACAGUAUUUUUUGCCGAUUUGUAAAUAAUAAUAAGUGGUUUAAAUUACAGCGGUAGGGUACAAAGAUUUGCAAAGAAAUAGUAGGUAAAGAGACUAGGGGAAAAAAGGUGGUGGGUUGGAAGGACCAAAGAUAGACAAUGUGUGAAAAUAAAAAAGACUGGGAGAGAGGCGACAGAGAGGUUAACAGUACUUGAUGUUCUUAAUGCGGUUUUGUACAAUGAUGAUUGUAUUACUAACAAUGUUGCUUAUUGUUUGCAGGAAGUAGACUUCUAAAAUGGAGAAAGAGGCCCCAUAUUACACAUUUCUGGAUACUCUUUGCUACAUAAGUGAUCAUAUCGGGUUCUAUGGAACCAUCAAAAAUUCGCCUGCUGACUUUGUUGUAACAGAGAUUGAUGAGUCUGGAGAGUUGGUUACCAGAGACUCCUCUAAAGAAACUGAAGAACAAAUGCAAGCUAGCAGUAAUGAGAUGACGACUGGCCAAAACAAUGUGAAAAAGCAACGCACUAACUUACGAGAUCUGCAUGACAGCCGUGCAGGUGUUAGUGGUUCCAUCAGUGACUUGUCAGAGGUAGCAAGUGAGGAAAUGAAGGAUUUCACCAGCAAUGCUCUCCACUAUCACUUUAAUGUUACAGUUCUGGAUUCUUUAAACCACUUUGCAGAUUCCAUAAAAUCGGCUUGGAAAGCACAACUCUCUGAAGCUGAUCAUCAAGAACUUUCUUUGGGCCUUUUUCCUGAAAAAAGUGAAAGGGCCAACAUACACAGUGCUGUUCGGCAAACAUUCCCUUUUCUCAUAACAUUUACGAAAAGUACAGAGCUUCUGGUUAAACCAAACUUAGAUUACCAAGAACUUUGCCAGCUAACAUCUGAAGAGGAGGCCGAUGAUUUUUUUACAUUUUUAGAUGCAAAAGUCGAAAAUUCUAGGUUUACAUUUCAACCAGACAGCUGUAAAGAACACAGGACCCGUGUACAUCACUUUAUCAAUAAGAAAUUUGGAAAACUCUUAGAAACUAAAUCUUUUUCAGAAAAAGAUAAUGGCUUACAAAUGGCGACCAUAACUGUUCGAUUUAGAGAGAGAAAAUGCCCAUCCAUAAAAAGACACAGAACAGAAGAGGUUGAUAAACACAGUGUGUACACCGGUAAGAAUUUACUUAAUUCACGCACAACAAGCAUGUUCUUGGAAUACAACUCACAUAAUUCUUUAUUUGACACAGGCUGCGAGAGAAUCAUGGGAAUUGUAGUCCAGAAACAGUUGGAGAUGCACACCUGCUGCAUUACUUUUUCAAUAUUUGUUAAAGUUUUUGGUUUUUUUUGUUAAGUGGGUUAUCAAUAUUAUGCCAGCUGUGUUUGUUCUCAAGCUGGUUGUUUUCAGGAAAAGUUUCACAUUAGGCUUUAAUAUCAUACCACGUUACUACAUUUUUUUUUUAUUUUUUUUUAUUAACAUGUUUUGAGGCUUAAGGUGACACUAUAGUCACCAGAACAACUACAGCUUAAAGGAACUCUCCAGUGCCAGGAAAACAACCGUUUUCCUGGCACUGCAGGUCCCCUCUCCCUCCCACCCCCCAUCCCAGGUUGCUGAAGGGGUUAAAACCCCUUCAGUUACUUACCUGUAACCAGCGCCGAUGUCCCUCGGUGCUGGUUCAGGGUCCGCACACCCUCCUCCCCUGCCGACGUCAUCCGGCGUGGGAGAACCUAUUGCGCAUGCACGGCCGGAUUAGUCCUCCCCAUAGGAAAGCAUUGAAAAUGCUUUCAAUGCUUUCCUAUGGGGAUUUCAGUGACGCUGGAGGUCACCACAUAGUGUGAGGAUGUCCAGCGACGCUAUAAACCCUGAAGUACCCUCUAGUGGCUGUCUAGUAGUUAUGAAAACUGCAAUAUUUACAGUUGCAGGGUUAAGGGUAGUGGGAGUUGGCACCCAGACCACUCCAAUGGGCAGAAGUGGUCUGAGUGCCUGGAGCGUCCCUUUAAUGGUUCUGGUGUCUAUAGAAUAUCCCUACAUGCUAUUUAAUGUAAACAUUGUGUUUCAGGUAAAAGGCAGUGUUUACAUUACUGCGUAGUAAGCAUUUCAGUCACCCAGAUGGCCACUAGGGGUCAGUGCUGCACAAUAUUAUGGUGGGGCAAGCCAUCUAAAUGGUUGUUUUAACACUAUAUGGUUCCUGACCCUAUAGUGUUCCUUUAAAUAAACAAUAUGUAUUCUGCAUUGAUCCAAAUAUUACCAGUACAGGCAAUUAAGUAGAACAAGGAUUACCAAAAUGUAGCAACAUGGCACCUUGACGUAAGCUCCCCACAUUGCUGCCCAUUAUCCACCCAGAUACUUGUGGAUGCCGAGCAGCAAGUCAGAAGGAGAAUUUGUCAUCUUCAUUUUCUUGUUCUUCAGUAAUAUGUGGUUUUUGUUUUAGCGUUCACUCUUCAGAAAGAAAACUUGGAGACACUGGAAGCCAUAAGCUAUUUGUCGACUUUAUUAGGCAUUCUACCUUCAGACUUCUCUUACGCAGGAAUCAAAGAUAAGAAAGCUAUAACGUAUCAGACAAUGGUUGUAAAGAAAGUGUCUCCGGAGAGGUAAAAGGCUUUUUUUUUUUUUGUCUUCAUGCUGUAAAUUAUUUAUUUUGAUUUCUGAAUGUUCCAAGAACCAGACUUGUUUUAUUUCAUUGCUGUUAAAGUGCUGUUUUUAUAUAAUUAUGUUCCAGUUCUACUUGAGAACACUCUAUUCAUUUUCUAAACAUUACCUGCUGUGAUAUUCAUAAAAAGGAACCUGAUACUGUAUUCAGUGAACCUGUCACAAUGUUCUGGUUUUAGCUUACGAACAGUUGAAAGUUCAAUCAGAAGAAAAGGAAUGAAAAUGUACAAUAUACACCCUGUAACCCAACCGUUGCGACUUGGCCAGUUGACUGGAAAUCAUUUCAGUAUCGUUGUGAGAGAUGUAUCAAAUCACAGCGAUGACUCUUUAACCGAUGUCCAACUGAGAAUUGAAGAAGCAAUUUGCAACGUGAAGGUAAAUUGUAUGUGGAUUCCUCUUGUGUGUCAACCUUCACACUGCCUACUGAAUCUAUCUGCUGGGUUUAUUCACUAAACAGUGAAUUGCGGCAAAACAAAAAAUGUAUUACAAAGUUCAGGCCAAGUUAGCCAAGAUGUGGGAAUAGCUGAGUUGGAGUUGUGAAUUUAUUUUCUUUCCAACUCACUAUUUUGGUUUAAAUGUUCUAAUUUUGUUUUUUAAUCCACUACAAUUCACAGUUUAGUGAAUAGACCCCACUGUGUUUGCAUUCUUUAUUUGGUCCAUGCCUUUGUUAAUAAGAAUAUGGCAGAACUGAUUGCAGAUGGCGAAGAGAGAGAGUCUGUGCUUCUACUAACGCUACAGGGCAGCAUGCAUUUUCUUUCUGUUAAGUGGGUUAUCUUAUGUUCUAAUUUAUAAUUCCAUGUCUUUGGCCAAUGCAUGCCGGCUGUUGCUCCUGUAGCUUAAAAUGUAAAUAAUACAGUACUGUGUAGUGGUUAUGGUACUGGGAAGCUAUUGUUGCAGUCCCAGGAGCAAUAUGCUGCAUCAAAAGUCCAUUCUGUGAACGUGUCGUUGACAUUAUGAUGAUACCUCGCAUCCACAUUAUCCAUCUUUGUUUCAGUAAAAUGUGAACACAAAAGAGAUGAGUUGGGAAGGGGGCAGUUUGUACUGUUCUUAUCGUACAAAAUAUUCUAUUUCAUUUUGCCUCAUUUCCAUCGUAAAUAUUUUUGUGCCUCAGCUGACUGGAGCAUCCUUAUAAAAAUUAUUAAAACCAAAAAUACAUAUGUCUAAGGGGGCCAUUUUCUCACAAUUGUCUUUAUAUAUAUAUAUAUAUAUAUUCAGUGUUCUGCUUUUAGCUUACGAACACUGGAAAGUUUAUAUAUAUAUAUAUAUAUAUAUAUAUAUAUAUAUAUAUUAGAUAUAUCAUAUUUUUUUUUUUCUUCUUCCUCUACAGAUGAAUGGUUUUAUAAACUAUUAUGGACCCCAGAGAUUUGGAAAGGGACAGGCUCAUGAAAUUGGAUUGUCUUUGCUUAAAGAAGAAAUGGUAAAUUCCUUGAUCCUGAUUGUGUAAAAAAAUGUUUUCCAUAGACUUCCAGUAUAAUUGCAAUAUAGAAUUUUUAGGUGUUUUCAUUAAAGGACCACUAUAGGCACCCAGACCACUUCAGCUCAAUGAAGUGGUCUGGGUGCCAGGUCCAGCUGGGACUAACCCUUUUUUCUAUAAACAUAGCAGUUUCAGAGAAACUGCUAUGUUUAUAAUAGGGUUAAUCCAGCCUCUAAUGGCUGUCUCAAUGACAGCCGCUAGAGGCGCUUCCGCGCUUCUCGCUGUGAUUUUCACAGUAAGAAGACGCCAGCGUCCUUAGGAAAGCAUUGUGAAUGCUUUCCUAUGGACUGGCUGAAUGCGCGCGCGGCUCCUGCCACGCAUGCGCAUUCAGCCGAGGAGAGGAGGUGGAGGAGAGUCCCCUGCCCGCCGCGGGAGAAAGAGGUAAGUUUAACACCUUCCUCCCCCUAGAGCCCGGCGGGAGGGGGAUCCUGAGGGUGGGGGCACCCUCAGGGCACUAUAGUUCCAGGAAAACGAGUAUGUUUUCCUGGCACUAUAGUGGUCCUUUAAUGUUUUACCCAUCAAGUAAGGUCUACCUGUCUUCCCACCUGUCAGUCUGUUAAGCUAUCCGUAUGAUUAUUUACCUUUUUUGCUGUCUGUUCUCAGAGUUCUCAUAUUCUUUGUUUUUGUUGCAACGCAUUAACUUGGCUCUCACCAAGUUAGAAGGGUAAAACAAACGUGGACCCCCGUGCUCACUGUGCCUAGAGGGGUAUCAGCUACACCUCACUGACGAGGCCCAAAGAAGGCCGAAACAAUCGUCUGGGGUUGCUGUAUAUCUUGUGCAGAGAGAACUUGCCGGUAUUUCAGUUCUGCACUGCUUAUACGGGUGGGAUCAGUCUGAUAUGCUUCAGAAUAUAUUCUCCCUGUAAUGGCACAAGUUAUCAAAAACUAUUGUGAGACCUGAGCAGGAAUGUUUAUUUAUAAUAAUAAAAAAAAUCCCAUUUCCAUACUUCAGUGGAAGCACCAACACAUUUGUGAAUGUGUUCUCCGCACUAUUUGGAUGUUUGGGACUCCCCUGUAAGGCUUACAAAAAAAAGCAGAUUCACUCAUAUUAUGUCCCUCAGUGUGCAGAUUUCACUGCUGCUGCCCCAUCUCAUCAGCUAAGGAGAUUAUCUCAGCCAGUCCAAUGCUUCCCCAGUGGGAGGCUAGUGCGCAUGUGCUGCAAACCACAGCUCUGUUCCAAUCAAAUGCUCUUUUUGAGUUUGACUCUGUUAUUCAGCAGGAGUGCCUCUAGUGGCUGUCAUGAAAACAGCGCCUAGAGGUGUGUUAACCCUGCAAUACAAAUCUUGUAUCUACUAAUUAGCAAUGUUUCACAUUGUAGGGCUAAAAUGACAGGACCACUGCACCCAGACCAUGAAGUGGUCCAGGUGCCUUUAGUUGUCCUUGAAAAUAGGAUAGAAUAAAAAAUGUUAACAAUGUUAUCAACCAACAAGUAAAAUAAAAUAAUUGGAUUCCCUUAGGAGAGGGCCGUAAAAUUGCUGUUCACACCAGAUGCUGCUGAGGAUUCUGUGAAUAAGGCCAAAAAGUAUUUUGUUGAAACCGGUAAGUUGAAUGUAUAUUAGAAAUAUCCGUUUCAAACAAGUUUAUUAAAGGACACUUAGUAGUUCGGGUAUAUUUUUGAUAUAUAUGACCUACUAAAACUCAUUGUAUAAUUCUUCUUGCAACACACGUUGUUUGUAGUAAUAAAUGUGUUAUUAUCUGUCCUUUAUAUUCCGUGAUGGCCAGAACACUUCCUACAAACAUUGAUCAGAAUUGGUAGUUACCAAAAUAUGCAUCUUAUGUGUUGUGGUUCUAUUAUAACAUACCUAACCACAUUAUUAUAUUGAACUUUGUGUUUGUCGCAACAGAGCUUUUAUGAACAUUAUGCACUUUUUCUUAUUUUCAUUAAGUUCAGGAAUUGUGUGUUUGACAUUGCACGUUUUGUACUGAGCAUUUUUUUUUUCUUAUUUUCAAGUCUCUGGUGAUAAUGCAUAUAUUUAAUUGUCUGUAUGGUUGACAUACUCCAAGUAGUCCAUAAUUAUGCACACAUGUUUACACAUAGUUUAGCACUAGUUUCUUUGAAUGCCGAGUCAUGCACUAUUUUCUGUACUUUAAGAGUUUCAAAUAAGACCCAAUAUGUGUGUUCGCACAGUACUCCACGGACGGCUUGUGACCUUGGAGCAAUUAUCAAGUAACCUGUAUAAAACCAUAACGCCAAGCUGGGCUUUUUGAGACCACCAUCAAUGUACGUCAUCAUUUCAUCUUACAAUUAAAACAUUAUGGUAAAGGUUGCAGAUUCAGGUAAAUUCAUUAAAGUGCAAAGACCCCCAACAGUAACAUCGCCGCUGAUGGCCAGGGGGAGCAGGGAAAAUUUUUGAUUUACUUACAUAAACCUGUUCCUUGCAAGUGCAGCCAUCUUUAUCAUCCGGCCCUCUUCUGCUCCUGGUUUUCAGUGCCAGGAACUGACGUUACUGUUCUACUCUCAUACAUGCGCGAGAGAUUACAGCAUUGAGAUCUAUGGAGCAUCCCGCGAGACCAUGGGAUCCUCCAUUUGUACAGCUAAUAUCACUGCAGCCAUCACUGGUGAAGGCUGGGAGAUUGAUACUUGUAUUCUCUUUCCAGUUUCUAGAAGUGUCAGGCGUAGGAAAAAUACAGAGACAACACAGUCAGUAUGAGUAUUUCAUGAAGAUUCUAUCUUUAUGAAAUACUCAUUUUAUGAGGGGUGACAGUGCCACUUUAAAGGACCACUAUAGUGCCAGGAAAAACAUACUCGUUUUCCUGGCACUAUAGUGCCCUGAGGGUGCCCCCAUCCUCAGGGCCCCCCUCCCGCCGGGCUCUAGGGGGCAGAAGGGGUUAAAUUUACCUCUUUUUCCAGCGCUGGGCGGGGGACUCUCCUCCUCCUCUCCUCCUCCUUCUCGUCAUCGGCUGAAUGCGCAUGCGCGGCAGGAGCCUCGCGCGCAUUCAGCCAGUCCAUAGGAAAGUAUUCUCAAUGCUUUCCUAUGGACGCUGGCGUCUUCUCAAUGUGAAAAUCACAGUGAGAAGCGCGGAAGCGCCUCUAGCGGCUGUCACUAGAGGCUGGAUUAACCCUAAUAUAAACAUAGCAGUUUGUCUGAAACUGCUAUGUUUAUAGAAGAAAGGGUUAAUCUUAGCUGGACCUGGCACCCAGACCACUUCAUUAAGCUGAAGUGGUCUGGGUGCCUAUAGUGGUCCUUUAAUCUACAUAAUACACACCUUCCCAUUUCAAUGCACAUGAGACCAUACAUUUAUAUAUGUCACAUGUUGGUAAUUAAUAAUUCAUUAUGGUCUCAAUGGUUUCAGGGGAUGCCAAAGGAAGUCUUGCCUUAAUGCCGAAUUAUAAAGUUCGUGAAAGAAUGUUGCUCCGUGCCCUACAUAGGUAUGGAAUGAACCAUGAAGGGUGUAUACGUGGAUGGCUCUGUAUUCCACACUCCAUGCGCAUCUUCUACAUCCAUGCUUAUUGCAGUAAAGUCUGGAAUGAAGCAGCAUGCUUUAGGGUUAAGUCGUAUGGUGCCAAGGUUGUGGAAGGAGAUUUGGUGAUUCGUGAGCAAAAUGCCAGUGAGAAGUCUUCACUAAGUGAUAGAGUAAGUUUACAUUUAAAAAUAAUUGAUUGCCAAGCGAUUUGUCUUUGCAUUGUACCUUUGCAGAAUGGUUUGUAUUAUUUCUACAACUAAAAAAUUUUUUUUCUAGGUUCAUGUUGUUACAGCAGCAGAAGAGGAGGCUAAAACAUACACCAUGAGUCAAGUGAGUUUUCUUUUAAUCUUGCUUUUCAGAAAAUGUAACCUGUUACUAAUAAAGUGACUUUUCUUUUUAAUUAUGAAACUUCUAGAAGUAUAACAGCUCUGUGUUAUAUAAUGUCAAAUUUAUUAAUGGGAUAAAGAAAGGAAGAAAAUUUACACUUUGCAUUUUUUUCCGCACACUUUCUGUCUAUGACAUAUCUGUAUCAGAACUGGUUGAGUAUUAAGAUAAUGCUUCUCAGUGAGAUUUGCAUCUGAUUUGCACAAUUGUCUCACAUGCUCAACAGGGCACCGGUGUGCUUAUUUAACCCCUUAAGGACACAUGAUGGAAAUAUUCAAUCAUGAUUCCCUUUUAUUCCAGAAGUUGUGUCCUUAAGGGUUAAAGUGUGUAUUAAUAACAUUUUUAUUUUUCAUUCCUAAAGGGGUAAACUUUAAUCUUUAUACAUAUAUCUUUAUUACAUUUUUUAUUGGACUAACAGAAUUUUUUAAUGACAAGCUUUCAGAAGAACCUCCCUUUUUCAGGUCUAAUACAUUUCUUACAGAACAUUACCUUCAAUCCAUUGAAUUGUCCUAGAUUUGAUUCUCUUUAUUUAUGUCUUUGCAUACGUCCAUUAAAUUUUUUAAACCAAUUAAAACAUACAUUGUGUUGAUCUCUACUAUUUAUGUUGUCUUUCUUCCUAAUGUCAUUUAUGAAAUCUUUUUGAAGGUUGUUCUCCCAAUGCCUGGACACAGUGUUACGUAUCCCGCUAAUAAGGUUGGACAGUGGUACAGAGAUGCUCUGGCCAAAGAUGGACUACAGACCUGUAAAUUUCGAGUUGGUUCCUUGCAACUAAAUCUCCCUGGAUGCUACAGGCAAAUUUUUAAAUAUCCUCUCAAAUUGGCUUAUGAACUCUCUUUGGGAAGUCAACACGAAGAGAAAGAAGUAACAACCGGCACAGAAAUUGUAGCUUUACCAAAACCACAUCUAACACUGACAUUGGAUCUCGAGUCUUCAUGUUAUGCAACAGUGUGUCUUAGGGAGAUGAUGAAAUUUAACUUUUGAAACACAGUCUUGAUAUUCUUUGGAUUUUAAUAAACAGAAUACCAUGUUAGACUAAUACAAUUGCUGCUGAUGUCGUUUAUUUUGUCGUCUUCAUCUUCAAUAUAUACAGAGUAAAACAAGUAAGUAUGGC